AUGGCGCUGGAUAUAAAAAAUUUGAAAUUAGAACAAAAAAUUUUACAUCAACCACCCUUAAAUGAAGUCGCCGAAGUUCUUAAUAAUGGUCUAAAGAAUAACUUUUCAACUGUUCAAGUUGAAGUUGUUGAUUGUCCAGAUUUAACUCAGCGACCAUUUACUUUAGCUUGCAAAGGUCUUGGAGGAAAGGCAAAUUUAUUAGAAAUUGGUGGUCCGCCAUUUUUAAUGCCAUUAGUUAACCGAAAUAAAGUUUAUGAAUUAAAACAAAUACCAGAAGCAUUGGAUUUAGAUCCAGCUUUUAUUAUUGGAGCAAGUGCAGGACCCUUUCCUCAUACAGGUGUUAGCUGUGAAGAAAUGGUGAAUUUAUAUAUUUGUAAAAAUAAAUUAUUAAAUCAAUCAAGGAUAUCUAAAGUAAAUGUUGAGGACACAUCUAGACACAUUUUGGAAACACUUCCCGAAUCUGAAACUCGAUGUUCUCUUCUCGCAAAUCUUUUUUGUUCAAACGGCAACGCUGGAAAAGUAUUGAAAGUUCAUUGUAAGAAACGAACUGGAAAUGAUGAUUUUAUUGCAGCCAUACGUAAAACUCUUAUGAAAUUUUAUAAAGAAAAAGUUGUAGGAUUGGGUGGAACAUUUUUACUAAAGGAAGGGCAAGCUAAACAGCAUGUGAUGCCGGAUUUUUCUAAAACGCCCAUUACAUCCGGGGAAGAUUUUAAUGAUUGGUUAAAAUUUUAUAAUAUGUCUGCACCACUUAUUGCGGUAGGAACUUUAGUAACUGGUCAAACUGAACUUGAUCUGCGUGUUCAACAUUUCCACAGUUUCAGUCAUCAUGGAGAAGGUGGUCAUUAUCAUAUUGAUACGACGCCCGAUUCUGUGGAAUACUUAGGUUAUUUUAAUCUUGGUAAAAUUCUAUAUCGUUUGGACAGACCAAAUUUAGAUGAACAUCAAAUGAUCAAGUUUGAACGCUUCUGACAUUUUGAUUUUUAUACAA